AUGCCGAACGGACGCAAGAUGUACCCAAUAAUCACGAUACGUCACGCCUUCUUCCAUCUCCUUGCCAUCGUGGAUUCAUCUGCCUUGACUGGCCUAAUAAGUCCCAACGUUGCACCCGCGAGAACGAAGAAAGUCACGAAUGAGCGAGGACGGAGACAUACGGUGAGGAACUGGACCGCGUGGCCAAGGAACGAACAUCUCGCGGGCCUCGAUAAACACGCGUGGCGGCAUCACGGACCUCGGCUCUGGCCCGAUUCUCGCCUCCGUAACACGCAAGUGACGGCGAGGUGGAUAAGCUUUGUUUUUCUGUUGGCCACACGUGCUUUCGCCGCCGCGAGCGGUAUGAGUGACGGAGCGAAACAUUAUCUCAUUACGGAGUUGAUACGGUGGUCGAAACUAAAGUACUCCAGGACUCAACACUACUACAUAGACAACUCAAUCUACCUGAAGAUACGUGGUCAGACGUACGGAUGCCCGGCGUUCAUUCCCGUGAAGCUCGCCGCUCGCGGCGGCGGGGUUAUCUCGAACGCCGGCGACGAUCCGUCGUACUCGCCCGCCAGUUCCGUGGUCCUACGCAUCCAUCACCCCAUUCGUAUUGCGGCCGACCACCGCAAAAAGCAAAACACUUGCAAAACGCUCUAA